CCAACCUCCAACGUGCUCGUCGCACGUGUUGCACAACCAACAUCGCUGGCCUUUAAUAAUGCAGAAAAAUAUGAACGAGCUUCGCGCGCUACUGAGCGGCCUGCGAGUAUCGAAGCGAAAGGGUGAGCUGGACACCGACGAGAAAUUCGCGCAGCAGACCGACAAGUGGCGAAAUACCGUGGAGUACAGUGUUUUGGAAACAUGCGCCAAGCAUUACAGCGAGGAGUGCAGACUGGAGAUGCUGGCACUUUUGGUGGAAUCGAAGAAAAGCACGCUACGCUUUACACGCGAGGAACUUGACAUGAUUCUGUUAUUUUUGAAGUAUAAUUUGGGUGAGAAGAUGGAGUAUGUACCCUUUGUCAAAAAGGCUUUAAGACGGUUGAAAGACAGCCUGGCCGUUAUGCAGAGGCAGUUGUCUCAAGAACUGAAGAUGAGAAGUCGCUACGAGGAACAGGAUAUCGCUUCCGAAAUGUACGAAAACGCUAUGGUUUUAUCCUAUCAAACAUCUGAGCGAAUUGAGCAAUAUGUGCAAGAUUACGUCACGUUUUUCGUAAAUUUGCGUGAAAUUUGCGUGGGCAAUCUGUAUCCAGACGCGACGUACGUUCGCAGACGUUCCUGCUUGCAGAUACUUUUACUGAUGCAAGAUUUCCUUUGCAAUGAAAGUAUAUUCGCGCAUAUCGAUUGGGAGAAGGAGCAAGCCGAGACGAUAUUUCAAUGUUUAUUUCUGGAUACAUAUGAAUCGAAUAAGGAAAUAGCGUAUCAGAUAAUAAAGCCGAUGAAACCAGUAUUGUUGAGCUUGGAUUUAGAAUUCCAGGUUGUGUCAAUUGUUAACGUUGCACUUCAAUUGGGUAGCAGUAUGCGACCUAUAGAUAGUGUUACGGCUGCAUAUAUAUUAAGAAUAGCCAAGCUGUCGCCUUUUAUAAAAAAUUUGCAUUGCAAUUACUGCAAUGUAGAAGACAAUGUUACGGAAGCGACAACGUUGCGAUUAGUAUUACUGCUAUACAGAAAAUUGCGAGAAGCAUUAUCUUUAGCAAAAAAGAACAUAGGGACGGCAAUUGUAAAAAAUUCUUUAUAUGGAUAUUUAUUCUGCAUGAGAAGCUUGCUUUUAGACUGUGACUUGAGAGAUACUGGAACGUGCAAAUUAUGGCAAAGCACCGUAGCUGAUAUUAUAUUAUUGUGCUUUGAGUUAAAUCAUACUGUUUCUGUGGUAGUAAAUAAUUCCUCACCGGAAGGACACUUGCCAAUGGACUUGGAAAUGUUAAAUCUAGACGACGCAUCAUUUCCCGAGAAGGAAAUUGUAACGCCACAAAUGGUGCUACUUUGUUCUUGGCGUACUGUUAAAGAAGUCAGUCAGUUGUUUGGUCUAUUUGCCACCAAGGCAUCGAUACAAACUGCUGAAUCUCUAAAUGGAUUGCUAACGGAGAAACAAAUUAAGGAUGUAAUGGAACAUUUAGUCUCGUUAUUGUGCGAAACCAAACAUAGAGGUGCGUUUGAACAAGCAUACGUUGGUUUUCAUCAAUUAUGCACACGAUUGUGGCGACUAACAAAUACGGCCCUAAAUGAGCUUCCUGUACAUUGGUUGCACGAUAUUUUAGUAGGUAUUACAGGAUUAAUGCCAAAAUACACGAAAUUGUGUGCGACAAGAAGAAGUGCGGGUGUUCCGUUCAUGAUACAGGCAGUGUUAUCCUCGGAACCAAAAAUCUGUAAUGAUUCAGAAGUGUCCGCGUUUCACUCGGUUAUGAAAAUUUUAUUACAAUUCUCACAGCUUGAAAGCACAAUUAAUCCACAACAAAAGAUAAAGAACAUAAUGUAUCGAGAUACUAUAUUUUCCAAGUACGAGCAUUUAGGCGAACUGAUAAUAGAAAAUAAAAACGAGUAUGGGGAAAUUGAACUUGAUAUGACCGAGAUAAAAACUCAUUCGAUGAAUAUUCUUAGAGCUUUAUUCAGACACUCUCAACUCGGAGACAUGGUUAAGAAUUAUAUUGCGGAUGGUUUGAUGGUUGCCUUUAGAAAUUACGAAAGCAAAACAUGGGCGGAACGUAACGCGGCUGCGUUAUUGUUUAGCGCACUUAUAAUUCGAAUUUUUGGUGUUCAAAGAACCAAGGAUCACAUCAAUUUGACAACGGAUAACAAAAUGACAGGGAAAAUAUUUUUCGAAAGAUAUCCCAGUCUAUUGCCCUUUAUUCUGAAUGAAUUAAAAACUUUUGUGUCGAUUAAUGGUACCGUGAUAAAAUCCAACGUACAAGCAAUUUUAUUGCUGCUAUCACGACUGUAUAUCAGUUAUCAUUUUGACGGCACGAACGUUGCUUGGAAGAUAAAUGAGUUUGUUAGUUUGGUGUCGCAAUGCGCUAGAAGCUCUGUCCAUGAAACACGUGAACUUGCAGCUAGAGCACUCGUGCCGUUACUAACGGAGAAUACAGCCCACAACGUUCUGAAAAAGUUAUUUACAGCUUUAUGUAUAGCACGAGAUACUCGGAUUCCGCCCAAUCUCACGCAUGGUUAUUUGCUACAGAUAUUAGAGAUCUUGAUGAGAUUGCCAUCCAUCCGCACAAAGCUAUUACAAUCUGACGUCACAAACUUUUUAUGCAUGACAGAUUGGAUAUUAAAAGGAUUGGAAAGAAGAACCAUUAGCUUUAGUUGUUUUCCUAUAGCUAGAGUAUACAUCGACAUCCUUCGUGAAUUAUAUAAUUUAGAUAAAAAUAUGAUUGAAAGUUUUGUAAUGGAGGAUAUAUUGCAUAUCCUGCAGCAGCACUUAGUUGAAGAAUGUUUAUUAAGAAAAGAACCGGGCGAACAAAUGUACAAAGUGUCCAUAAUCAGAUUCAUACUUUGCGUGGAGAAACAUUCAAAUUUCUUGCAAACAGUACACAAUGGGCGAAGUAAAGCGUUCAAUAUAUAUUCGCAGCUUUUGAUUGUAUCAGAAGCCGAGAUACAGAGCAUUGCUUGGACUACUGUUCUUGAAGUAUUAAAGAAGGGAUCUUAUGAGCAAAGAAAAUUAUUGAGCACUUAUGCUAUUCGCGUAGCUGCUGAUUUCACCAGAGAUUUAUAUUUAUUUAAAUAUCAUCCUAGAUUGCAAGAUGCAAUUUUCGAUUUUUUAUACAAUAGCCUGAUGAACGCAAACGAAUGUCGCCUCAACAAACGUGAAAUUUGUAAUCUAGUUAAAAAAAUGCAUUAUUUACUUGAUGCAAGAAAUAUCUACGACGCACAACGUGUCAGUUACUUGCGACUGUUAGGGAAAUGUAUGACGGCAUUAAGUCAUGAAGUGAAGCAUGUUGAGGAGUAUAGGAUGACAAACCUAGAGAUGAAAUACAUGUAUAGAAAAGUCUGUGACAAUGGUUGGAUUGGUUCGUUAUGUAAAGAUUUUAGAUCAUCAGUUUUUGAUAUAUUAUACGAACUUUUUAAGAAGAACAUUGAUGCCGAACAUUGCCAAAUCGUAUUGGACUGGUGGACAAUGCUGUUGCAAUUAUUAGUAGACGACAAUGCGGACAUUCGGCGCGAUGCGUCCAAACUGUUGUAUAGGCUCAAACGGUGCGACGAAUUGGAAUGUAUUGAGAAAACUUUGUCGGUAUUCUUCCAGAGCUUCAACGAAAUGAUCGCUGAUGAGUAUCCCGGAAUAGCAAUUAGCGCUCUUUUCUGCUGGAGCGUCUCGUUGUUCGGAGAUACGGAUUACGAGAUGGACGAAACCGAUGUAAGCGAAUAUGCUCAA